GUUUACCCUCGAAUUAUCACCCGCGCGAAGCGACCUCAUAAAAAUAUGGCGCGCUGGCGACCACGGUGACAGUCGGGCUUCCGCUUCGACCUUGGUUAGAAUUCGUACGAUCUUCCGCGAUGUAUCGCGAAACACUGGUCACGCUUCUUCUCGCCCUUUUGAUGUACGUUAUACCGAGGGCGGAGGGCUUCGCAUGGGAAGAAGUCGACUCUCUGAGAGGUGCAAGAGCGGCGAUUAAUGGUCUUCCUGGGAAUAAACACGACUCACUAUCUCACGAGCAAAUACGUCGUCAUGAUAGCGAGGAUCAGCACAAACUGUCGUCUCGCAAACAAUAUGAUGACUUCAGCAAUGGGAACAAGUACGAUCCGCCACCGUACCAUUCUCGCAGGCAGAAUGAAGGUGGAAACAAGUACGAUCCGCCACCUUACUACUCUCGCAGGCAGAAUGAAGGUGGAAACAAGUACGAUCCGCCACCGUACCACUCUCGCAGACAGAUUGAUGACAGGAGCAAGUAUGAUCCGCCACCUUACUACUCUCGCAGGCAGAAUGAAGAUGGAAACAAGUACGAUCCGCCACCUUACUACUCUCGCAGGCAGAAUGAAGGUGGAAACAAGUACGAUCCGCCACCGUACCACUCUCGCAGACAGAUUGAUGACAGGAGCAAGUAUGAUCCGCCACCUUACUACUCUCGCAGGCAGAAUGAAGAUGGAAACAAGUACGAUCCGCCACCUUACUACUCUCGCAGGCAGAAUGAAGGUGGAAACAAGUACGAUCCGCCACCGUACCACUCUCGCAGACAGAUUGAUGACAGGAGCAAGUAUGAUCCGCCACCUUACUACUCUCGCAGGCAGAAUGAAGGUGGAAACAAGUACGAUCCGCCACCGUACCACUCUCGCAGACAGAUUGAUGACAGGAGCAAGUACGAUCCGCCACCUUACUACUCUCGCAGGCAGAAUGAAGGUGGAAACAAGUACGAUCCGCCACCUUACUACUCUCGCAGGCAGAAUGAAGAUGGAAACAAGUACGAUCCGCCACCCUAUUACUCCCGCAGACAGAACGAUAACUAUGGCAACGGGGACAAGUACGAUCCGCCACCUUACUACUCUCGCAGGCAGAGUGAUGAUGAAAACAAGUAUGAUCCGCCACCCUUUUACUCCCGCAGAGGGAACGGUAAUUACAGCAACGCAUACAAGUACAGCAACGCAUACAGCCCGCCACCGUUCUAUCCCCGCAAAGAGAACGAUAAUCUAGGCUCAUGGGUAAAUUCCGACUUGCCUCCUUUCUAUUCUCGCAAACAAUACGAUAAUUAUGACAAUGAGAACAAGUAUGAUCCGCCACCCUACAACUCUCGCAGAGAAAACGAUGCCAAAGGGAAUAAAUUCAAUCCGCCACCAUUCCUUCUUCCUGUGAUAUUCUGAAGCCUAUAUAAUACAUAUUUAUUUUGAAGAAAAAAUGAAAAGAAAAAUUUCGUACAUCAUCAAAGCGGACAUCAUCAGGAGUAAAUUGUGUCAUUAGGAUUAAACUUUGCUAACAUAGCUCUUCUACUGCAGAAUUUAAGAUUUAACAUAUUUAACAAGAUUUAACAUAUUUAAUAAAAUUUCGACUUCAGAUUUCAUUAAUAAUUCGACUUUCAGUAGAAACACUGCCACUUUAUUCUCCCGUCUUGUAACCUCAUCGAGUUUGGUCAGCGAAGAUUCCGCUGUGCAAAAUUUGUAACAUACAAAUUUGCACCGAAUGCAACUUUUCGCGUUUGCGACUUUCCAUGUGCCCUGUGCGCGAUGACACGUAAUUUUACAUCCGCGUUUGCAUAUUGAUAAUAGGAACAGUCGCUAUUACUAACUGAUCCUUUCAGCAAGAUUUUACUGAUAGCAGUGUUAUUACACUUGAUAAUAAACCACCAGUUCUAAGUGUAUCAUUUCGGUGCAGAUACACUGAUUAUACUUUGGAGAAUUCAUCUAGCGUUAUCUACACCAGAGCACUGUGGAGAUCCGGCCAAGAAGAACACGCGGUCGUACCUGGGGGCUGCAACUUGCACUACGGUGAAUUCAUCAGAGAGUAUCAUCGACCGCCUCCUCACUCUGCGCCUUUCCCCGGCUACGUUUCCCGACGCCACAGUAGUAACGUCAAUGCGAACAUCAAUGUCAGUGAGAAUGUUCUGGACGAUUAGGACUCACGUCGUGAGUUACAUCUGAAGUUCGGGUGCAUUUUUGUCGAGGACUAUAAAAAUGGUAUGCGAAGAAUUCGUACAAAAGUCGCAAUUUCAUGAGAAGAAAUUCUCAUGUAAAACUGAUCAUUUCGCGCGUUAACGAACGCGAUGAAAGAUAGCAGUAGAUCGGAAUUGUGUGCAAGCACAAGCACGAUCGUUCCGUGAAUCCGAGGAUUCUUCCGUCGCUAAUGUUACACGCGAUGACGCUUAUUCUGUCAACGCGCGUGCUCGUUAUAAUCACUAUUUAAAAUAUACGAUAAGAAGUAAACCCACGGACUACUUACAAUCAAUGUUUAAUCAAUCGAGAAACCCACUUCGACGGAGAACUUUUAACAAGGUCAAGCCGUUAUUUAAAAAUAUCAAACGCGUGCGUCAGUUCAAGUGAGAGAGAGAGAGAGAAAGAGAGAGAGAGAGAACAAGAGGGAAAAAGAAGGAGAGAAAAGACGAUGCCCGUAACGUCGAUGUUGGAACUUCAUACAACGAAUGUUUCAAGACCGAAUUUAUAUUCUCAGAUCUGUUUCGAGCGUCUUUGUUAAUUAAGAUGCCUUCGUUCUUCCUAGCUCUCAAUAAUGUCGCGAAAUAUCGGAUUUUGUAUGAUAUUAAAGGUGCUUAGCUCUCGUAAUUGCGAGUUUUACCAUUGCGACUCGCUCGCUCGAUCUUACUUAAUCCGUCGCACUUUAAAUUGGGAACGAUCGGGAACGAGCACACGAUAAUCGAUCAUGCGUGUGCACGCGUGCCAGGGAUAUCCCAUAAUUAUUUAAUGGCCCUUCAUGGCGGCUUAUACCGCCUCAAAGAAAAUCCAAUCAGGUGCACCGCGUAAGCGCGCUACGAAAUUAAUUAGUUUUCGUGAUCGCCGUCGGCAACGAAUGUUUGCGCAUAUUAAUAGCAACUGCGGUUUAUAACUCACUGUACUGUACUACGUAUUAUCGAGCACAUUGAGCGAUGAUGCUUAAACAAUUGAGCCGCGGAAAUUUAUGGUAGAUUUACGAUAUUUCGACUUUUUAUUCGACUACAAGAUUUUUAGGUAUCUUGAUAUUCCUAAAAAUAAAAAAAAAAUUAGAAAUAAUGGCGCUCUCGAAACGAGCGAUGUAAACUUAUUCGAUUGAAGUUAAUGUUUAACAUGUAUAUAGAUAGAUAUACAAUGAAAUGAAUGAUAUACAAUAACA